GGGAGAACGUUUCAUUUCUGCUUUUAAACAUCACCUCAAGAGAAACAGAGUUUCCUUUUUACUCUCCCCAUCACAGCAUUUAGCUACUCACACUGAUGGUUGCCAUGAUGGCAAAGUGGAUUCUGAUUAUUCUUAUUAUGACUCCAGGUGUCUGGAGUGGGACCUGGGGCGUGACACUUACUAACCAGUGUGCUCUCAAAGGGACAUCAGUGGUUCUAGAGUGUGAGUACGACUACCCCAUCGGGAACAUCGUCAUGUCAGUACGCUGGUCUAAAGCCCAGCUGAUCUCUGGCAGAUGGGAUCUGAUUCCCAUCUCUGAACUUCCAUCUGGUCCGGAUCAUUUUAAAUACAUGGGGAACUAUAGAGGAGAUUGCAAUCUGAAGGUUGACAGAGUCCAGCCCACCGAUGAAGGAGCAUAUUUCUUCAGCUUUGUAACAACACUGAACAGAUGGAGAAGUCAAACAUAUGCUUAUUUGUAUGUGAGAGAGCUGACUGCUGCUGUGCAGCCGAGCACCGUGGCUGAAGGGGACACCGUCAGGCUGAGCUGCAGCUCAGGGUGUCCAGAGCAACCAGAGGUUGCCUGGUUCAAAGAUGGACAACGUGUCUCCCAUCCAGAGUUCCAGGCUGGCAGAGAGGAUGCUGGGGGGUACCACUGUGCCGUCCUAGGCCAGGAGAGGGUCCGGUCCGCUCUUGUGGUUCUGACUGUUCACUAUGCUCCAAAGAACGUAACUCUGUGGGUGAGUCCGUCUGGAGCCAUCGUGGCAGGAGACACUGUGACUCUUACCUGCAGCAGCGAGGCGGAGCCUCCUGUGAGACAGAACGGCUACAGUCUGUUUAAGGACGGAGAGUUCAUCAGCUCAGGACAGAGACACAUCAUCCAGGACGUCCAGCCCAGUCAGAGUGGACGUUACUACUGCCAGGCUGGGAACAGCAUCCGCUGGAGAGGCAGCGACCACAUGAACUCAUCAGAGGUCCACCUAGAUGUUCUGUACCCUCCCAUCAAUGUUUCACUUUCUGUGGAUCCACCACACGUUACUGACGGCAUCAGAGUGAAUCUGACCUGCACCAGCGCUGCCAACCCCACAGCAGACAACUACACCUGGUUCAGAAGGUCAGCAACCUCCAGCUCCAGCCUCUGGGUGCAGGUGGGGUCAGGACAGGUGCUGUCUCUUCCCUCCAUGGAGCCAAGCCACACAGGCCUCUACCUCUGCAUCGUCAGGAGUCCGCUGGGAGAAAGCAACUCCACGGAGAUGAUGCUUGCCAUGGAGGCAGAGCAGCAAGGCAGCCAGUCCCUCCCUGUGUUAGCGGCUCUUGGAGUCUUUGUGAUAGUAGGCAUCAUGCUGCUUCUCUGGAAGAAACAGAAGUACAGUUCAGUCAAAAAAGAGGCAGAGUUUGACACCAGACCUAGACCAGUAGAAUCAGACUUUAAAGAUCCAUCCGACUCAGUUUAUUCUAACAUCUUCAUGUUUCCGUCAUCUCCUCCAAAGGUCUCCGUUCAGGUUCCCACAUCUCAUGAGGCUGAGGUUGUUUACUCCAUGGUGAAGAUCAAACCCAGAAACCCAAAUCCUUCACACAGCAAUAACAGCAGAGAGCCGCAUGACUCCUGGUUGCAGGAAAGGGAGAAGGACAGCUCUGUGAUCUACGCUACAGUCAAAUCCAGCUGAGCUUGAUCGUCCUUUCAUCUCCAUCGUAUCACUGGACGGAUUACAGAUUACAGAUUACUCACGCACUGUUAGUGGUUGUUUAGGACUUAAAUUAAAUAAAUAUUUUGUAUUCGUGUUAAUGUACUUUUACUUUGAGGAACAUUAAAUUUAACUUUAUUUUGAACAUGUAUUUUUUAACCUGUUGUGUUUGUUGUGUAUUUAAGGUCUGUACUGUAAAUAUUCAAAAGGUAAAAAAACAACUGUUGUUUUUAUCAUGAUGAAACACUCAGUCUAACAAAUUGUACAAGGUGUUUUCAAACAAACAAACAAACACCAUAAGUGUAAAACAUAUUAGUUAAACUGCUACCUUCA